AUGAACCGUGUGAUGUGUGUGUUGGCCGUUCUGCUGUGCAUCGCCUGCGGGUAUGCCAUGGCGGCUUCUGCUGCUGAGAUUAAAGAAAAUAAGGACAUUUUGGUCCCAGGCAAACGAGACGGGGAAGAAGCAGGGAAUGAGGUAGAAGUUCCGCCAGAGUCAGCAGAACCUCCUACAGAUAAAGGUGAGACAGGGGAGACUGGCACAACAGGAGGCGAAGAAACAGAGGAAGAGGAAGGAGAAGGUGAAGAUGCUGGCACAGAUGAUGAUGGAACAACUGAAGAGGAACAACCUCCUAAUGUUGAAGAUGAAGAAAACAAUGGAACAGAUGGGGAUCAAGGUAACACUGACCAACCUGGGAAACCAGAAGGAGAGACAACCCCUGCUCCCGAGAAACCUGAAGAAACCCCCAGCGAGGAUCCUGAAACACAAGAACCCACUUCCACUAACGCACCAAGCAACGAGCAGAAGCCGGGCGAUGCUGACAGCAGUUUCAGCCCUGUGUGGAUGCGCACUGCCGCACCUCUGCUGAUUGUGGCU